UGGGGCCCCACGGCACUUCCGCCCCGCUCCGGCAUGGCGGUGGGCGCGCAGUGCGCAUGAGCGGCGGCCCAUGGAGCGCCGGGGUCCCGGGAGCCAGGACAGCGUCGGGGGAGCGCGGCGGCGGCGGCGGCGGCGGCGGGCGCGGGCGGGACGUGGCACUCAGGCCCGCGGGGCAGCGGGUGCAAAGAUUCUCCGAGAAGGACCGGCUCCGCGGAUGCACCCCCUGGCGGAGCGAUGAAGGGGCAGCAGAAGACGGCGGAGGCAGAGGAGGGGACAGUGCAAAUCCAGGAAGGCGCGGUGGCGACAGGGGAGGACCCCACCAGCGUGGCCAUCGCCAGCAUCCAGUCGGCCGCUACCUUCCCUGACCCCAACGUCAAGUACGUCUUCCGCACUGAGAAUGGGGGCCAGGUGAUGUACCGGGUGAUUCAGGUGUCCGAAGGGCAGCUGGACGGCCAGACGGAGGGCACCGGCGCCAUCAGCGGCUACCCUGCUGCCCAGUCCAUGACCCAGGCCGUGAUCCAGGGGGCAUUCACCAGCGAUGACGCAGUGGACACGGAGGGGACCGCGGCCGAGACGCACUACACUUACUUCCCUAGCGGCGCCGUGGGCGACGGGGCGGGGGGCACGACGUCGGGGAGCACGGCGGCGGUGGUCACCACCCAGGGCUCCGAGGCUCUCCUGGGCCAGGCCACCCCUCCCGGCACCGGCCAGUUUUUCGUGAUGAUGUCGCCGCAGGAGGUGCUGCAGGGCGGCCAGCGCUCCAUCGCCCCCCGAACCCACCCCUACUCCCCGAAGUCGGAGGCGCCGCGGACCACGCGGGACGAGAAGCGCCGGGCGCAGCACAAUGAAGUGGAGCGCCGCCGCCGCGACAAGAUCAACAACUGGAUAGUGCAGCUGUCCAAGAUCAUCCCGGACUGCUCCAUGGAGAGCACCAAGUCGGGCCAGAGCAAAGGGGGCAUUCUGUCCAAGGCGUGCGACUACAUCCAGGAGCUGCGGCAGAGCAACCACCGGCUGUCCGAGGAGCUGCAGGGCCUGGACCAGCUGCAGCUGGACAACGACGUGCUGCGCCAGCAGGUGGAGGAUCUGAAGAACAAGAACUUGCUGCUCCGAGCGCAGCUGCGGCACCACGGGGUCGAGGUGGUCAUCAAGAACGACAGCAACUGAAGGCCAGGGCCUUGCCGAGAACUGCAGGGGGGCCGCGGAGCCCAGGGUGCAGGGACAGCUGCGGCCCCACCUCGGAGUGGUCCGGCCCACCCCGUUACGGUGCCACCGGCCAGGCCGGCCACCCUGGACGGCGCCUCCCGGCCUCUUCCUGUCCUGGAGCUCAAGGGGCCCCGGGCAUCCCGGGACUGUGGGGCGACGCCAGCAGGGGGCCGGCAAGCAAGCAGGGAGCCCGGGAGGACGGGCCCGCCGGGGCCCCUAGUGGCCGCUUCUCCUUCCUUUCUCUCUUUUCUUUUUUCUAAGAUAAAAUGUUCAGAGCCAC